AUGGAGGAAAGCCACAUUGAUUUCGUGGAUCGCGCCGUGGAGAGAAUCGAACCAGAAUGGGGAAUGGGAGGAGCCAACGACAACGAGUGCAAUACGAAGUACUUCGUGCGAACGGCAACCGACGUGGAAAACAAGGGGUUUGGCAGGGGUCCUGAUCCAAAGCUGAAUGAGCUGCGAGAAUCCAACACGAGGCCUCCUAAGUGCAGGGAGCGUGCUUGCAGGACAGGCGCCGCAUUUGCCAUCACCGAACGUCCGAACCCGGUCGAGCUGAACAAAUUGGUAAUCCAGGCCUUCGACCACCAAACAAGCCUGAAGACCGAGGUUGCAACUUGCCACGCCCUGCAAAGGAGGCUUAGCCGUAGCGUGGCGACGAAUCUCAAAAGCCAACAAACAGGCGGCCAUACCAAAUCGGCCGUCUUUUCUUCCCGUCCGUCCAUCAAUUGGAGAAGCGACAAGUCUAAGGAGGCAGGAAACGUCGACGACCUGAAAGGAAGAAGAAAGAUGAACCCAACCCAACCCCUCUUCCGCCCCCUAGUGACUCCAGCCAUCUCGAUCCAAAGCAUGAACAAAGACGAAUUCCUCCUUUCUUGGACAGAUGCUCAAAGCGAGAAACGAUUCCUGUCCUCUAUCCUUCGUAGAGAGUGCCGGUCCGUCCCUGACCCCUGGCCGGGCUGGCCCUCGGUAGAGGGUGCACCCGAUAUUGCGCCGGAGUGA